AACAAAUGGGAUCAACCUGUUGUGCCUGGUCAGGGAUCAGUUCAGGCAACUCUUCCUUGCAGGCCGCUGCCGUAUGCUGAACUGAUCCAGGGUCUGUAAAGAUCCUCGGUCCUCAGCCCCUUCUCCCUCCCUCUCUCCUCCCUCCCCAGCACCAGUGAAUCCGACAGCCCCACAGUCUUUUCCUUCCAGUCCACAUUAGAGGCACCGAGCAGCCCGUCUGUUUCCCACGCCUCCACACCGCAACCCUCCACAAAACCUCUUGAAUCAGCAAAGACUGUAAUAUGCGGAAACGGCCGCGUUAAAGCAGCGUCUGUGGGGAUUAUGCACGUUUCCAACUGGACCAGCGAUGUAGGAAUUAAAUCAAAAAGCGGCCUCGACUUUUUCCACCGGAGAAACUGCACAGGAGGCGACGUAAACUUUUCAGUCGGUGCGGACGGACCGCGCUCGGUUUUAACAAUGUCACCGGCACCGAGCGGGUUAUGAGUGAUUUUUAUUAUGGUUUUGUAACCGUCUGGAGCUUUUCUUGUCAGCGCACGACAUUUUAUGGACUCUUUUCCUGGUGGAAACGAGCUGAAGGAGGAUUUCCACACCUCAGGAAUUUCGACGCCAGAAACUGAAGCGUCCGUGAACGCAGCAGCUGCUGCGGCUAACGUCCAAACAUGCCGCAGCUAAACGGGGGAGACGGAGACGACCUGGGAGCAAACGAUGAACUGAUCGCUUUUAAAGACGAAGGGGAGCAGGAGGAGAAGAGAAAUGUGUCCGCUGAAAGGGACCUGGACGACGUCAAGUCAUCUCUGGUCAACGAGUCAGAGAGCAGCUCGGACUCGGAGGCAGACAGACGCCCCAAGCCCGAUCCAGAUCUGGAGAGCAGGGCCAGGCACAGUCAGCUGUUUGAAGAAGCGCUGAGGAGGCAGCAGGACGGCGGAGGUCUUUUCCAGCCCUCGCCGUACGUUGGAUAUCCCUUCUUCAUGAUCCCAGACCUCGGGAACCUCUGUAGUCCCUACCUCACCAACGGAGCCCUCACAACAAGUGCCCGCACGUACCUGCCGUUUCAAUGGCCUCUGCUCGACGUCCCCGGAAGAUCAGCCAUCAGAGACUCUGCUACUCCCACUCACCUGUCUAACAACAUGCCUGUAGUGCAGCACCCCCACAUGACCCACCUCCACCCACUGCUGUCCUACAGCCCAGAGGCCUUCUCCCCUCAGAGGGCCUCACCUGGCUUCUCCCCAGACACAGGUAUGUCGAGGACACCUCAUGCUGCCUGCUACCCCGUCUCUCCUGGAGGCAUGGCUCAGAUCCCACACCCUCUCGGAUGGCUGCCGGGACAGCCCAUGUAUCCCAUCACGGGGGGGUUCUCACCUGCUGCUCUGUCAAGCCUGGUGUCCAGUGGUUUCUCUCCACGUCUGGUGCACCCCCAGUCGUCCAUCCCUCACCCGGCCAUCGUCCCCACAGGAGUGAAGCAGGAGCCUGGAUGCAGCAGCCAGCCUGGGAAGUCGCUGCCUGACGCUCAGCAGGAGAAGGAAGACGAGAAGAAGCCUCACAUUAAAAAACCACUUAAUGCUUUUAUGUUGUACAUGAGGGAGGAGAGGCCCAAGGUGGUGGCUCAGUGCAAGGUGAAAGAGAGCGCCACCAUCAACCAGAUACUGGGACAGAGAUGGCACUCUCUGUCGAAGGAGGAACAGGCCAAAUAUUACGAACUGGCUCGUAAAGAGAGACUCCUCCACUCCAAGCUGUACCCCGGCUGGUCAGCCAGAGACAACUAUGGUAAAAAGAAGAAGAGGAAGAGGGCCAAGAGUGAAACUCUGCUCGAAGCUCCUGCAGCAGAGGAUUUCUCCCCGCAGCUGAAGAGACCUCGCGCCCCCCCUGGACCUGAGGAGACGCCCCCCGCACACACUCUGCUCACGCAGCCUCACCCACAGACUGCACACACACACGCCCGCCCCCACCUGACGCAGCCGCACACCAUCUCCCACCUGACGCACACGCACCUGUCGCAGGCCAGCCCCGCCUCCUCCCUGGACUCCCCGGCCACACCCACCACGGCGCUGGCGUCGCCCGCAGCUCCGGCCCCGACGCACACCGAGCACACACACUCCUCCUACGGCGGACACACGUCGCCCUACGGCGAGCAGCUGCAGCCGCUGUCCCUCACCACCAAGCCCCACAGGACCCCCCACCCCCUGAGCCGGAACACCGUCACUCCGGGACCCUCCACGCCGUCCUCGUCCUCCGACACCCCCACCUCCUCACCCCUCACGGCUUCGUCCAGGAGCUCACCCCUCCCUCCCCCUCUGCUCUCUCAGCCUUUCCUCGUCCCGCCUCCUACCUCCGCUCACCAAUCAGCAGCGAGCUCUCACGGUGCCUUUACUCAGUCGCAGCCGUUCUUACUGAGAAGAACCAAUCAGCUGUGAGCAGCGGCGUGCUGCCUUUACUGUGUCAAUCAUGAAUCAGAUCACCUGUAACACACACAUAAUGAUUUGUACCUCUUUUUUAAAGCUGUAAAUAAGCCUGUUUUUUAAACUUUUUUAUAGAUGUAUCACGUUUUAUAUUAGUAUGAAAAGGACAAAUAAUUGGUCAAUAUUUGACUACAGCUCUAACUUCAUCAAACGGUGUAUUUUUUGGAAACUGUCACUUUUUCUAAUUCUCCUUUUUAUGAAUGAUCAACUUGUGAUGGAAAGCGAGGUGUGGCACAGGGGUCUGUUUGUUUCAAAAUGCUUUUUUCACUUGGUAAUAAUGAGUGUCAGUCUAUUUUCCAGUUCCUCCUCUGUGUUAAUAAAUAUUCACUGAGUUCUGA